CUGCCAGCAAAAGCAGGUGCUCUUACCCUAUCAGUGCUCCAGAGGAAAUAUUUAGAAAUGGAAAAGCUGAUGCUUGUCUACAGCUCCUGUAAAGUUAUCUGGACACUGCUUUUAACAAUUCUGGGCUGUGCCAGCUGUCUGCCUGUGGGUGAUGAGUCUAUUUGCACAGCAGAGGAGCUUGCUAAAUACAGCAUAGUCUUUACAGGGAAAUGGAGUCAGACUGCUUUCCCUAAGCAGUAUCCCCUGUAUAGGCCUCCAGCCCAGUGGUCAUCCGUGCUAGGUGUCACCCAUAGUUCUGACUACAACAUGUGGAAAAGGAAUGAAUAUGCCAGCAAUGGCGUACGUGAUUUUGCUGAAAAAGGUGAAGCAUGGGUUUUAAUGAAGGAAAUAGAGGAAGCUGGGGAAAGAAUCCAAAGUGUACAUGGGAUCUUCUCAGCUCCUGCUGUUUCUACUGGUACAGGAGAAACAUCUACUGAAUUAGAAGUUCAUUCAAGGCAUCAGUUAGUUUCAUUUGUUGUACGAAUUGUGCCAAGCCCUGAUUGGUUUGUGGGGAUAGACAGUCUAAAUCUCUGUGAAGGAAAUCGCUGGAAAGAAGAAGUAUCAGUAGAUCUUUUUCCAUAUGAUGCUGGAACCGACAGUGGCUUCACAUUUUCCUCGCCAAAUUUUGCCACUAUUCCCCAGGACACCAUUACAGAGAUCACUUGUUCCUCUCCAAGUCAUCCAGCGAACUCGUUUUAUUAUCCCAAGUUAAAAAAUUUGCCACCGAUUGCUCGUGUAACCCUGGUGAAGUUUAAGAAAAAUCAACGGGGUGUUCCUGCUUCUAAACUGAAUAGAAAAGGCAAUGAAAUAGAUGAUUCAGUCUCAGAAACACCACUGGAUUGUGAGGUUUCUCUGUGGUCUUCCUGGGGUCUUUGCAGAGGUCGUUGUGGAAAGCCAGGGACGAAAAUCAGAACUCGUUUCGUACUACUUCAGCCAGCCAAUAACGGAAGUCCCUGUCCAAACUUGGAUGAAGCAGCAGAAUGUGAACCAGAAAAUUGUGUCUGAAAUCUCCUUUCCAAUGGAAUUUAAAAAACCAAACAGAUAAUACUUUAGAUAAUUUAAAUGUAGGAUAGAUUUAGCUGAAUGUAUGCUACAUCUCAGUGAAUAUUCCUCAUAAUUCAGGUAUGUUCUACUAUUUUACUGAAAGGGUUUAUUAGACUGGAUGAUGUAUUCUUUUGUUUGAAAUUAAGACUUUUUUUAGAUUCCUACAUUUUAGUAUAUCAACUGUACUCUAUCAUUUACAGGCCAAAAAAAGAAAAAAAAAUCCUUCCUAUAAAUACUGUGUGAGUUCUUGCAGUACCCUCUAGUGGCGGAAAGGAAGAUUUUUGAACAUAUUAUAUGAAGUUAUGUCAAAAAAAUCUUUUGAAAACAAAAUGUAAAAUAAUGCAAUCUCUCUUUUAAAUAUUAGGAUUUUUAAUUGUUUAUUUAUACCUAUAAUGCUAAUUAUGUUGCUUUAAAUUAUGUUUUAUUAUAAUUUAUUGGCAUUUAUGUUGACUACUUUGUAAUCAUGUUUAUUUUAGCACACUCCUUCAGAAAACUCUUGCAUAAAUCAGAGUAACCAGAUGAUGUAGUAUGGUUUGGGCAAUUGUGUCAUCUUAUACAUGGAUAGCAGAAAGUUUUGUUUUGGGGGGGUGUUUUUGUUUGUUUCAUUGUUUUUGAUGCCUAAAAAACCAUUCAGCCCUAAAAGCUUAAUUGUGAAUACUGAUGGAGAACCUGUUACAAACCUUAGGGAGGGGAAAUGGACAUUAUAGAUGUGUUUUUUAAAUUAAGUAAAAUUGUAUUAUGCCUGACAUUGCAAAACAUAAUAUUCCAGGAACUGUUCUAGACAGCAAGUUUAAUUAUUCAGAUACCUAAAUGGUUGUAAAAAAAAAACUAGACAGAACUGCUCUAUGUUUUAUAGUGUUUGUUUAUAAAAUUGGAAAAGCA